AUGUCUGAAUCUGUCGACGAAACUUGGUCAUGGUUGCUGAAACUGGUGCUCUUCCUCGCCAUGUUCGUUGUUGUGGUCACCUAUCGACUGGCCAUCUAUCCGCGCUUUCUGUCUUCGUUUAGGCAGCUCCCUGGACCAAAAAAUGACACCUUUCUCCUUGGUCAACUCGUAAACCAAUAUCGAGCUUCCGAACCCACUGAAAUGUACCAGAAUUGGGCAUCGCAAUGGCCAGAUGCACCUUUCAUUCGCUACAAGGGACUCCUAGGCAUGGAGCAAUUACUUAUCAAUGGUGUUGAGGCUCAUAAACAAGUCUUACAAACGUAUUGUUACUAUUUCAAGAAACCUGGACUAUUCGCGCGCCUGGUGGAAGAUAUUUCAGGGAGAGGGCUACUAUUUGCAGAGGGCCAUGAGCACAAGCGACAAAGAAAGCUCAUUGCACAUGCAUUCUCGGCCUCGAACCUACGCAAGUUAUUCCCAGUCUUUGUUGCCAAAGCUCAAGACCUCACCAUAUGUCUUGAAGAGGUCCUCAGAAUGGAAGGUGAACAGAACGAAGUCGAAGUGUUGUCCAUAUUCUCAAAGGCAACCAUGGACGUCAUUGGUGCGAGCACCCUCGGAGUGGAGCUCAAAAACCUCAGGUCUGCAGAGUUAGAGAUGGACUUCCUUCAAUGCUAUGACCGCAUGUUUAACCAACCUUCCUUGAGUGCGUUGAUCAGCUUCGUAGAUGCCCACGUCCCAAUUCGUCGGUGGCUCCCCUUGGAAGCGAGUCGAGGUUACCUCGAAGCAAGCAAAGAAGUCAAAAGAAUGUUAGCACACUGCAUUCGAGUGCGUAGCCAAGAAAUAGAAACUGAAAAAGGAGCCCGCGACAAAGGUCUCAUGUCUCGUGACCUGCUGACAUACAUGAUUGAAGAGCGGGUCGAAAGUGGGCUGGAUCUGAGUGACGAUGAUAUUUUGGGGCAUCUAUUGAAUUUUAUCUCUGCCGGCCAUGAAACUACAUCUGGAUUGCUGACAUGGGCGGCUUACGUACUAGCCACGGAGCCUGAGAUUCAAAAGAAGAUAAGAGGCGAGACCAUAUCUCUUCGACAGGACCACAUGUUCCUCGAGUACGCCAGUGUAGAUUCACUACCAUACCUGGACAACUUCGUGCGCGAACUACUGAGAGUUUAUAGUCCAGCAGUGGCGGUAUACCGUGAAGCCAUUGAGGACGUCACGAUAUGUGGUAUAGACAUACCAAAAGGUACUGUUUUAACUCUAUCUCCAUGUGCAACAAAUCUCUCAACAAAAAUAUGGGGUGAGAACGCUUUGAAAUUUGACCCAGACCGGUGGGAAACUCUCUCUGGAGCUGCUGCAAGUGCAUAUGGCACCCAGACUUUUGCCAACGGGCCCCGAAUCUGUCUUGGUAAACAAUACUCCAUCAUGGAGGUGAAGGUCAUGCUCAUCGAGCUUCUCAGCAACUACCGGUUGAGCAGAGGGAAGACUUUAGUAGAGCUAGGUGAUCGUCCAGUCCCAACGUGCAGUCCCUCUGUCACAUUACGACCACAAGGUGGACUUAAGAUUAAGCUCCAGAGAUUAUACAGUUGA